UUAGCAUAAAGUUUUCAUUGACGCUCGUCGAUUGAUUACCAUCGUAGUUGUUGUCGUGCAUUAAAAUAACACAACUCCGUUUUACUUUUAGUUGAUUUUGCUGUUAAACUAUCUUACAAUUCCAGGGCCUUUUAAACAUUUUUAACAUCCACAUGCGACUUACUUCUGAAUCGGGCAUUAUCCUUCUGACGUCAAAUCCGGCGCAACGUUACUUGCCUAAACCUACCUUUCCCUGGAUCGGCCUUCUACGGGUCUGCAGCUGGACUCUUCUCGUUGGACCUUUUCAAAUUAACCUCUAAUCAAAACAAAAUACGCAACGCAUUCUGUAGAAAGGUGAAAGGCGAAUGUCCAGUUCAGGUUUUACACGUUAACUGAUAUGUAUCAGUACUUUAUCACGUAAAGUAGAACAUUCUACACCUAAACACCAGUUACUUUAGCACAUACUUCAAGCAAUCUUUGUAUCUCUUCCGUUUGAUUUGACAUUUGCGACACUGUAGUCAAUAUUAUUGUAGUCGGAAAUUGAUUUAAUCACUAUAAAACUGCGUACUUCUCACCUUUGUACAAAAGAAUAAUUUGACAAUUCCCUAACAUGACGAUAACAUUCUUUUUAGGGCGUUUGUGUUCCUUUGGAUUUACUGUAUUAACAGGAACGUCAACAUCUCGGAUGUGACGUAAUUGAUCAUCGAAAUUCCGAGGUCAAAUUUGGAAAGUCCGCCAGCACGUCUCAUGAUCCAUGAACAUUAAGGUGACUUAAUUACGUGCUAAGGAUGGCUAGCUGUGGGGAAGUAGACCACUCUGUUAGCUCACUUCCCCCAAGUAAGAAAGGCGGCGGCGGUAACAACAGCAGCAGCAAUGUUGCCGCUGGUAGCGGGAGCAGUACCGAAACAUUGUGUCCUGGAUCCAACAACACGUCCCCGGCGCUCUCUGUACCCGAGUGUGCCAUCUGUCUGCAGAGCUGCGUCCACCCAGUGCAACUCCCAUGCCACCACGUCUUCUGUUUCCUGUGUGUAAAGGGGGCAUCCUGGCAGAGCAAGCGCUGUGCUCUCUGCAGACAGGAAGUGCCGGAUGACUUCUUGGAAAGGCCCACACUUCUCUCUCCAGAGGAGCUGAAAGCGUCCGCAGGAGGUCGGGGCGGGGAAGUGAGUGAUCACGCCUGGUAUUACGAGGGCCGCAAUGGUUGGUGGCAAUAUGAUGUACGAACCAGCCGUGAGCUGGAGGACGCUUUCUCCAAGGGCAAGAAGACGGCGGAGAUGCUCAUCGCUGGGUUUUUGUAUGUAGCCGAUUUGGAGAACAUGGUGCAGUACAGGCGUAAUGAACAUGGACGUCGGCGCAAAAUGAAGCGGGAUGUUUUGGAUAUUCCUAAGAAGGGAGUGGCUGGGCUACGUUUGGACACUGAGGCCGUCACAGGGGCAAUUGGGGCAGCAGGUCGAGAAAACUCUGCUGAUGGAGCCGAUACCACAGCAGCUGGUGUGCAACAGCAGGGCGUGGUCCUCUCUUCCACGACGUCAGCCCCUCUGCCCACUGCAAGGCCUCCAACUCACUUGGGCGGUCAACCUGGCGGCAGCAGCAGCCCCGCGCUGGAGGACGCUCUCUCACAACUCCAACUCAGCCACAGGCCCACUCCUUUUCAUGAGCGAUCUGGGGCAGGUGAAGGAGAGGAAGAAGAUGAAGAGGACGAGGCUUCACCCUCCAGGUCCUCUGACCCUCACACCUCGGUGGACGAAUCCGGCUCUGGAGACUGGAGCGAUGACGAAGAUCAUGAUGAAGGGGAAGGGGGAGGCAAUGGUGAGCAUGAGCCAUGGGAGGAUUGGCCGCAGAGGCAAAGACUGAACCCUGAGGACAGAGCCCUCCCUGGCGCAGAGUCCAUUUCCCCCCCUUCAUCAUCUACGAGCGGAAGGUCCCGAAUGGCGGAUGGCCAGUGUGCAGUGACUGAAGUGUGAAGUUUGUCCGAAAUCAAGUCACUGUUUGGUUCCAUUAAUUUAUUCUCUUUUUUGUGCUCUCAUUCAUUCGUUCACUGCUCACAAACUGAUUAUGUGCUCGAGCAGCUCUGACAGGCUGCUUAUUUUAAGUCAGGAGCUCCUGUCGUGUAAUUUGACCAUCUGCGACAUGUCUUGAGAGCGAGUGAGAAUGGGGUCGUUCGGAACUGCGUCAUUCUCACCGUGAAUAGCUGCAUUCUAAUCAUUAACUCUCUCAGCUAACAUGACACACAUGGAAUUCAACAUGUGGCUGUUGACUAACGCCCAACCUCUCGGAUACGUUUGCUUUCAGAGUUAGCAAAUUGUGAAUUUUCAGUACACUUGAGUAUGUGAAAGAGUAAAGUCUCCUGAUCUUUUACUCGCCAUUGAGUUUUGAUAUCGGCAUUUGACCUCUCAACUGCUGCUGCUGCAUAUAUAUAUAUAUACACAUUUCGCACUAAAAUUGUUCAAACUCUUGAAGUAAUUGGAACUUUAACGUUAAGCAUUAGUGUUGUACAUUUAUAAGUUGGCUACAACCCGAGUAUCCUCACUGAUGUGUUGCUAAAAUAGAAGGUGAAACUGGUGCAUGUUUGAAGAGAGUUAUUUUAACGCUACAUGUGACAAGAUGCUCUUGAUAUUUUGGGUUUGGUGUGGCUAAAUGUCCUUUGGUUUUAAAUCCGAUGCGGCAUUAAAUACAUCAAGCCGUUCCGAAUCAAAAAGUUUGAAGUUAUUCAACGAGCUUAAUCUCCUCAGUUGUUACCACUUUAAAUUGAUUUUUUUUUUGGUAAUCAUUUUUGCUUGGCUUUUUUUUACUUGGGUUUGUGAAUUUAAUAAAUGGUCAUUUCAUCA